AAGAAAACGCCGUGUCCAUCCUUGGAAAGCACGAUGCUUGGCUGGACGGGGACGCAAAGAUGCAGAAGAAGAAGAACAUCGGGAUUCGGGAACCGACGCCAGUGGCUGCGCUGCAUCGUCUUUUUGGACAGCGUGACGAACGCUCACUUGGGCAGAGCGCGCGCAGUGACACGCCACCACGACCUCGUCCGUUCCUCCGCGCGGGCGCGGCGGCAACCAACGCGCGGCGGUUUCUUCCCCGCGGAAGCCUUCCCGAUUCUUUGCGCCCGCCCACGGUUGGCUCAAGCCUUCAAGCAACCAGUCCCCGCACCAACCCCCCGCGCCCCACCAAACACCCGCCCUUCAGUUGGGGGAGUUGCGCGCGGCCAGCAGCGCGCGGCGGGAGGAUCGACGACGAGAGGCGCGGCCGGCGGCGGUCUGGAGCGGCAGCACGCGUACGGGCGGGGGAUGCUGCUGAUGGCCGCGCCGGGGGCAGGCGCCGCCGACCACCACCAGAAGCGGCGGCGGGGGCGGCCGCUGUCCGCCGAUCUGCUCCAGAACUGCGACCUGCCGCCUCCGGCAAAGCUCUUCGGCCCCUUGCCCACCCUGCAGAGGCUGGAGAGCGCGGCGGGCGCGGACAACCACCACAAGGGCAGCGACGGCGGCGGCGGGGGCGGCAACGACAGCCUGCUGCGGGCGCUGCGGCUGUCGCAGUCGCGGGCGCGCGAGGCGGAGGAGAAGCUGGCCGCGGCGGGCGCCAGCAACGGCGGCCUGGCCGCGCUGCUCCUGCGCGACUCGGCGGCGCUCUCCGCGCACCGCCGCUGGGUCAUGAUGCUCGAGGCCGAGAACUCCGUGCUCAGGGCGGGACGAGGGGCCGCACCCGGCGGCGCGGAGCCGGGCGAGGGCGAGGACGGCGGCGCGGUGGGGGUGGCCGCCGCGUGGUGGGUGGCGCUCGCGGUCUGCGUCGGCAUCGCCGGCGUCGGCCUCGCGCUCGGCAACCUCCUGCUCUGAAGUUGAUACAUAAUUAACUGUGCUCUGAUUAGAUUUUUGUAAGUAAGUUGCUCGUCGGAAUGCCUAAUCUUUCCACCGGACACCAAGGACGAUCCGCCGUGUGCUCGUUCCAGCACUGAGCUUACAGUGCGUGUGAAAAUGUUAACACCUGCUGCUCCACGCUUGCUUACAUUGCAUUGCAUUGGAACCUCGCGUGUCGGCGUGUGUUUUACCUC